GGUGAAGGUACCAGCUGCUCGGAGAACAUCAGUGUCUCUCUAUGGAAUAUAAGAAUUCACUACAUCUGUAUUUUAAAGGAAUGAGGCUGACGUUCAUCUGCACAUUAUGGGAGUUUCUUUUACUCUGAAUGCUGAAGAUCACUCUCCUCCAGCUGUCGUCCUAAAUUAGCUGAGCUCUGUGAAAGGAGAGCCGUUUCAACUGACCCCUUCUGCUCCUUGAAGCUCCAGCCAUCCGUGACACCCAAAUGCUGCCUGUCUUUCAUCAAACCGGUCACUUCUGGAGAAAAAUGGACUUGGAGUGAAGGGCGGCCCUUUAUGUGGGCUGACUCCCUCUAGGACGACUCUGAAACUAGUUGAGAUAGCUGGCCUGGGACUCAAAUGGGUGACCUAUGACAAUGUAACUGAUAAGGGGACUUGAUUUCUCGCUUUCCCAAACAGCUGCAAGCAGGAUAUGAGCUUGAGCCGUGGGUAUCGGCGAUAAAACGAAAAUUCCAUCGCUUGAGGCCUCCUCUAACGUCAUGCAGUCAUCUGAGGAAUUGUUUAGCAGGAAGCUGAAAGCAUUGAAUGGGAGUAUGGGACAUCCAGGGGGCAACACGCAGGGCAAGCUGGAAGGGGGUGGCAAAACAAACGGGAUGCCUGCUAUGCCUAAAAUGGGGGUGCGGGCCAGGGUGACGGACUGGCCCCCGAAAAAGGAGGGUUGGGAAAGCCGAGGCGGACCCAACUACGAGACCGUCAUUACGGCCUUUCAGAAUGGACAGCCAGACCAGACUGUGGAGAUCACGGAUUUGGGUGAAGCACCAUUGGAGCCUGAUUAUUCGGAUACAAAAUAUUCCCUGAGUGACUUUUUGAGUCGAUCCCCUUUGAAGGGACUCCAUCCCAUUCGCCAACGGAGUAACAGUGACGUGACCAUCAGCGACAUCGAUGCGGAGGACAUAAUGGACCAGAAUGCCGUCAACCCCAACACCGGCGCCUCGUUGCAUCGGGAGUACGGCAGUACAUCCUCAAUUGACCGGCAGGGUCUUGGAAACGAUGGGUUCUUUACUAUGUUGCGAGGAUAUCGGAUUGACAACUUGGACCAUCGCAGCGCCCCACCUGCCGGCUUCCCAGAGCUCCUUCGAUACGACACAACCCUCUCCCCAAGCUUGCAGACCGCUACUCAGAUAGCCCGCGGCGAGAUCGUCUGCAUCUCCGGCUACGACUACGUAGAUAGCUCCCUCCUCUACAGCCGAGAAAGGGAGAAGUCCUUUAUGUGCCAUCUCAAGUCGGAAUCAUCUGAGACGUCGCUUUUCAGGAAGUUGAGGACUAUUAAGAGCGAGAACGACGGUCUGCGGCUCUCCACCGAGCAAGACGACCGCCGGCCGCUCAGCUUCCAGAAGUGCUUCGCUCACUAUGACGUCCAGAGCGUCCUCUUCAACAUCAGCGAAGCGGUGGCCAAUCGCGUAAGCCUCAGCCAGAGGAAGAACACCACCACCGGAGCUUCUGCCGCCUCCCAAUACCAAGUCCCAGGAGGUGGACAAGUGGGUGGGAAUACAACUGGACCUGUAUCUAUGUUCGAAUCGCCGCUAGGAAGUCGGGAAGACCUCAAUCCCAAGGAGAACCUGGAUACGGAUGAGGGGGAUGGGAAGAGCAAUGGAUUGGUGCUAAGUUGCCCGCAUUUUCGCAAUGAGAUUGGUGGAGAAGGGGAGAGGAAGAUAUCUCUAUCCAGGGCCAACAACGCCACCUACAGCACUGGAGUAGAAAACUGCUCGUUCGAGUCCUCCUUGAGCUCCCACUGUACCAACGCUGGCGUGUCUGUACUGGAGGUGCCACGAGAAAGCCAGCCAAUCCACCGGGAAAAGGUCAAGCGGUACAUCAUCGAGCACAUCGACCUGGGAGCGUAUUAUUACCACAAAUAUUUCUAUGGGAGAGAGCACCAGAACUACUUCGGUGUGGAUGAAAGCUUGGGUCCGGUGGCCAUCAGCGUACGGAGAGAAAAGCUGGAUGAUGGGAAAGACAAGGAGGCGUCGCAGUAUAACUAUCGCAUCACCUUCAGGACCAGUCAGUUAACUACCCUGCGCGGGGCGAUUCUGGAGGACGCUGUGCCCUCCACGGCGAGGCACGGGACGGCCCGCGGUCUCCCGCUGAAGGAGGUGCUGGAGUACGUGGUUCCUGAGCUGAACAUCCAGUGUCUCCGACUGGCCAUCAGCUCACCCAGAGUCCCAGAGCAGCUCCUCAAACUGGACGAGCAGGGGCUGAGUUUCCAGCACAAAGUGGGUGUCCUGUACUGUAAAGUGGGGCAGAGCACAGAGGAGGAGAUGUACAAUAAUGAGAACGCCGGCCCGGCGCUGGACGAGUUCCUGGAUCUGCUCGGUCAGAGAGUCCGGCUGAAGGGCUUCACCAAGUACCGAGCACAGCUGGACAACAAGACGGACUCCACCGGCUCUCACUCGCUCUACACCACCUAUAAAGACUAUGAGCUGAUGUUCCACGUGUCCACACUCCUGCCCUACACUCCCAACAACAGACAGCAGUUGCUCAGAAAGAGACACAUAGGAAAUGACAUCGUCACCAUCGUGUUUCAGGAGCCCGGUGCCUUGCCCUUCACACCCAAAAACAUCCGCUCCCAUUUCCAGCAUGUGUUCGUCAUCGUUAAAGUUCACAAUCCGUGCACUGAGAACGUCUGCUACAGUGUUGCGGUAUCCAGAUCGAAAGACGUGCCUCCGUUCGGUCCUCCCGUUCCUAAAGGCGUGACCUUUCCCAAGUCAGCCGUCUUCAGGGACUUCCUGCUGGCCAAGGUGAUCAACGGGGAAAACGCGGCGCACAAAUCGGAGAAGUUUCGCGCCAUGGCGACCCGCACGCGGCAGGAGUACCUGAAGGACCUCGCGGAGAACUGCGUGAGCACGACGACGAUGGACUCUGCGGUCAAAUUCAGCUUCAUCACGCUAGGGGCCAAGAAGAAGGAGCGGGUGAAGCCGCGGAAGGACGCUCAUCUCCACAGCGUGGGCGCCGUCACGUGGAGCAUGGUGGCGCGGGAUUUCGGCCAGUCGGCGGACGUGGAGUGCCUGCUGGGGAUUUCCAACGAGUUCAUCGUGCUGAUCGAGGUGGAGUCCAAGAACGUGAUUUUUAACUGCUCCUGUCGGGACGUCAUCGGCUGGUCGUCUGGCAUCAUGAGCAUCAAGAUCUUCUACGAACGCGGCGAGUGCGUGAUGCUUUCCGCGCACGACAACUGUGGAGAGGACAUUAGAGAGAUCGUACAAAGACUUGAGGUAAGAGCAGUGCUGUUUUCUAACAAUUUCUGUGGCUCAUUAAAUGAAGCGUCUCUGUCUGUGAGUGUAGAGCGAAACCCGCCGCACACCUUUAAAGUCACAGCGCCGCAGGUCAGCGCGGAUGAGGGUGUCCUUGUUUCUCAGAGCCGCAUGCAUCCCGUGCUAGGGCUGCUGGGAUCUGCUGCAUGUGCUCGUCUGUUCUGGAUGAGAUGCUGUGGUUCGGCCCAGAAGCUGUCAGAAGGCACAGGUCUGCUGUACGGCCCAUCUGGGCCUCUGCCGUCCCGUUUGGCCAUCUGCGGUGCACCUCAAGUCCUGGCAAUGAUCGACCUGCUGCGCACCUCCAUCUCCGUCAAGGUGGUCAUUAUCCAGCCGUAUGAGGACGGAGCUCCCAGAAGCGAUUCAAACACCACCUGGCACCGUGUGCCCACCAGCGGCCAGCCUCUUCCCGAUAGCAUGCCGUGCCAGCAGGUCCUCCAGCAUGCUCAGACCGCCAUCCCACGCAGCACCUCUUUCGACAGGAAGCUGCCGGAUGGACCCAGGAGCGUUCAGGAUGUUGAGAAGCCUCAGAUCUCGUCCUGCAGUAAAGGAGACGUGUCCCAACACUACCGCAGCUCACCCAGUAACCAGUCGUCCUCCAGCGACCCGGGACCCUGCGCAAGCACCAGCUGGAACCAGCAGCCGGGAUACGACGGGUGUCAGUCUCCUGUGCUAUACGAGCGCUCGGCUGAAGCCCAGGGCAUGCUGGGAGACGGGGAGAUGCUGAGGGAGAGAGAGCCGACUCUCGAGAGGACACGCUCUGCAGAGGUGAAGUGGCACGUCCCUUCCACCAAGAUCCUCAACUCCUUGAAGGAAAGAGGCAAGGAUUCGCCAAACAAGUCGACGCGGCAGGGCGGCGAUAAGAACUCCAGCCACUCCAGCAGUAACACUCUGUCCAGCAACGCCUCCAGCAGUAACAGUGAUGAGAAGCACUUCAGCUCCGGGGACCUGAUGGAUCCAGAGAUGCUGGGUCUCACCUACAUCAAAGGAGCCUCCACAGACAGCGGCAUUGACACCGCGCCCUGUAGCAUGACCCCAGGGGUCGCCAGUGCAUCCGUGGCCCGCGUAAUGCUCCAGGGCCACGGGGCGUCUGAUCCGGGACACCCUUGGACACCGGAGCUGACAGAAGAAGGGUCCACGGAGGAGGACCACAGCAGGUUGUACCUUCCCCAGAGCUACGGCACAGCUCUUGCCACCGGACACGCACCCGCGGACGGGAGUAUGGGAGACCUGAGCGAGAUCUCAUCUCAUUCUAGUGGAGCCGAGAGCUUGUUGUCUUUCCUUCUGAAGGCUCUAGACGAGCGGUCCAGGCAGCUGUACGCCGCAGAGACGUCCUGUCGGCUGCAGGACAGAGGACGGGACAAACUGAAGGACGGAGGUCAGCAGCCCAACAUGUCUAAAGAAGAAUACAUGAAGAUGAUGCUGCCUGAAGACCCUCCUGGAGAGAGCGGCCACAGGAAGGUGGCGGCGGCGGGCAGCCCGUCUCCGCGGCGUUCCCUGUACCGGACUCUCUCAGACGAGAGCGUGUGCAGUAACAGGAAGGGGUCAUCCUAUGCCAGCUCGCGGAGCUCCAUGCUGGACCAGGCCAUGCCCAACGACAUCCUGUUCAGCAGCACUCCACCCUACCACAGCACCCUGCCCCCCCGCAUCAGCCUCAGCCAGCCCACAUCCAACCUCAAGAAUGAGUUCUGGUUCUCUGACGGCUCGCUGGCCGACCGCUCGAAGUUCAGCGACCCGGGUCUCAUGCCUCUGCCGGACACCGCCACGGGCCUGGACUGGUCUCACCUCGUCGACGCCGCCAGAGUCUUUGAAGACCAGCGCGUGGCCUCGUUCUGCACCAUGACGGACAUGCAGAGAGCCGAAGCGCUGCAGAUCUCACGUGAGCUCACCAGACGCGUGGCGGCCGCUGAGGGAGCUGCACUGGAGGCCGGCGAUACGUCUCCAGCCACGCUGACGGGUAAAGUCAAUCAGCUGGAGGUCAUCCUGAGACAGCUGCAGUAUGACCUGAAGAAGGAAAAGGAAGACAAGGCGAUCCUGCAGGUGGAGGUGCAGCACCUGCGGCAGGACAACAUGCGUCUGCAGGAGGAGAGCCAGACGGCUGCCGCACAGCUCAGGAAGUUCACCCAGUGGUUCUUCCACACCAUCGACAAGAAGCCUUGAUGGAGACCACUGGAGAACUGUGGAGAUGUUCACGGCAUUGACCUACACUAGCAAAGCCCGAUUCCUACUGCAAUUCAGUGAGAUGUAGAAUGUAAGUAUAUUCUGGACACUUUUGUUGGUGUAGAUGAGCAGCGAAGACAAACGGAGGCAGGUUUAGCCUGGAGAAUGUACUCAAUUAGCAACUAAACGAUGUUUGUGGAGGUGGAUUAUGAAUGUAAUGCAUCAAGACUUGGCGAGACGUUUGAUUUUCUGCCUCCGUUAUUGAAAGGUGCAAUCAAACGUUGAAGUUCAGCGGGUCAACGGUACCUUCAUCGCUCGCGUUUCCAAUCAUUUCUGUCCACAUUCAUCAAGUUCUGGCAAUAAGGUUCAUGGAUUUCCCAAGCAAACACAAUGUGAAGAGUUCCUGAAGCUGUAAAUGUUGAAAUUGUGCCUCUAAAAAAAGGCGAAAUGACGCAGGUGUGUGCAUAACGUGGCUUUCCUCUCCUGCCUCGUCUCGAAUCCGCAGUCACAUGCCAAAACUCUGUGUCCAUCUCUGUACAGAACCUCCAAUCAAGUGUCUUGUAUUUAACACUGUUAUUUAAGCUUAUUUAACCUAAAUGAGUUUAUUUUAUUAAAAUGAGCGGCUUCUGGAGGGACGGCUGUGAGAAGGCCAUACUGUGACCGUUUUGCCAGGACUGUGUCUGAAACAUUUGUCUUUUUUUCCCUCAUUCCAACAUUUGGAUGCUGCUAGAUAACACUUUGUUGGUUUCUAUGCUUUUACAAAUGUGUUUCUCUAUAAAUCUAUUUCAUGUAAGAUGGGACAUUU